ACUGGCUCUACCUUGGCGCUGGUGAGUCAACGUGUUGGCCACACUGCACUGAUGCUAUGCGUGCUGCGUGGACCCAGUCAUCUCCGUCCACUCCUCGGCAGCAGCAGCAGCAGCGUCCCACCAACAGCCCGGGAACUGCACCGUCCGGCGGGAACUCGCUGACGAAGCACCGCCCGCCCGGCGCAUGGAUGGUCCAGCACAAUGGCAGAGGAUUUGGGGGCGCCCCGGUCGUGUACCGACAACAGGUCGCGCGGAUAAUCCCCCCGCAACCCCCCCGCAUCGUCUCGUGCCGGGGAUGAUCAGAGCGCCGCUGUCGGCUUCGAUGUGGCAGGGGAGCCGCGCGGGAGCGGGGCUUGUCGUCCUGGCUGUCGACUGAGAGGAAGACGGCGUGGAGCAGGUGCGUCGGUGAUUGAAUUUGCCGCACAUGCACGAACAAUCCCGGGGUGCAGGUGUAGUGUGGCUGGGGGGCUCAGCAGGAUGGAAAUAGAUGCCCGUUUCCGCUACUAUUUCCAGCAUCCCUGGUCGCGUCUCAUCGUGGCCUACCUUGUCACCUUCUUCAACUUCCUCAUCUUUGCCGAGGACCCCGUCUCUCACAGUCAGACAGAGGCUCACAUGAUUGUGGUGGGCAACUGCUUCUCCUUCCUGUUCAACAAGUACCCUGGCCUCGGAUGGAACAUCCUGAAAGUACUGUGCUGGAUACUGGCCAUUAUCACUGGCCUGCUAGCUGGGAAGUUUAUAUUCCACCGCCAGCUCUUUGGUCGAUACCUGCGCCUGAAAAUGUUCCGCGAGGAUCAUGGCUCCUGGAUGACCAUGUUCUUCAGCACCAUCCUCUUCCUCUUCAUCUUCUCACACAUCUACAACCUUUUCCUGCUGAUGGCUGGGAGCAUGGAGGCUCACAUGGUGACAGAGUACAUGGGCAUCAGGAAUGAGAGUUUUAUGAAGAUUGCUGCAGUGGGGACGUGGAUGGGAGACUUUGUUACUGCGUGGAUGGUGACAGAUAUGAUGCUCCAGGAUCAGCACUACCCAGACUGGGGCAAAGCAGCCAGAAGAUUUUGGAAACAAGGCAACAACCGGAUUGUUCUCUUCUGGGCAGUGCUCAUCUCUCUGACGUCGGUGGUGGUUCUGGUCAUCAGUACCGACUGGAUCAGCUGGGACAACCUGAACCGUGGCUUCCUGCCCAGCGAUGAGGUCUCCAGAGCUUUCUUGGCCUCCUUCAUCUUGGUCUUCGACCUUCUCAUUGUCAUGCAGGACUGGGAGUUCCCUCACUUCAUGGGUGACCUGGAUAUGAAUCUACCAGGGAUGUCAACAACGCAUGUGAAGGUCAAGCUUCCUGUCUGCAAGCGUAUCUUUAAAGAGGAAUACCAUAUUCAUAUCACAGGUAAGUGGUUCAACUAUGGAAUCAUCUUCCUUGUGCUGAUUUUGGACCUUAACAUGUGGAAGAACCAGAUCUUCUACAAGCCAUAUGAAUAUGGUCAGUAUGUCGGGCCUGGUGAGAAGAUCUACACAGUGGAGGAACCAGAAACACUCAGGGACUUCAACCACAGCACGCUCACCUACGAGUGGCGCUCCACCAACAUUGACCCCAGCACCAACCUGAGCUACGUGGAGCGGGACAUGUUCCUCCACAGCCGCUACAUCGGAGCAAGCCUGGAUGUCAAGUGCCUGGCCUUCAUCCCGAGUCUGGCAGCAUUCGUCCUCUUCGGGUUCUUCAUCUGGCUGUUCGGGCGAUUUCAGGACAGCGAGACCUUCACGGAAAAUCAAGACAAAAUGUACGAGAGGAUAAAGAGGAAGUCGCCGUCAGAGUACAGCAAGGAAAUGGGUGUGACGCCAGAGGAAAUGCAUAUGACCAUGAGCGAUAGUUUAAAACAACCGGGGACGCCCAUGCUUCUCUCAGUGGAUGGGCCACAUUUUGGAGCGACGCCCUCCACAACCUCGACUAUUUCCACGGAAACCCGAGAGACUCAUCCGAGCAUUGUGAUUGACAGUAUGGCGCAGGAGGAGCCAGCAGUCUCUUUUGAUGUCCACAAACCCUCUCCGUGACCUUAUGAACUUCUGAGACUUUGAACUAUAUAAACUGCAGACAGGUUGAAAAGGGGAGCCUUGGGAGGGAUGGGAGUUGGUCAAGAUGUUGAAUUGUUGCUUUUCUUCGGACAAGACCAAGCUGCAACAGAAAGAUGUUUAACACAAUUUGUCAUGAGAUUCAAGAGAAGGACAAAGUGAUAUUUACCAUGCUAAUGUGAUGGCUAUUGCAGUUGUAUUAAUAUAUUUUUCUAAACCAACCUUUUUAAAAGCCCCCCAAACAAUUGCAUCAAUUCCGAUAAUAAAACACGUCUUUUCAAACAGAAUGCAAAACUUAAUUGACAUGGUGCUCGCUCCAGUUUUUGCAUUUUCGUAAUUAAAUUUUGCCAUGGUAAACUAUUUUGGUGUCUAUAUCAGAGGAGUAUUUCUACAGUCUUGAAACUGCAGUAUCACAUCGGUGUUACAGCUGCAGUAGUGCCUUGAUAUUUCAUAUGUUGAGAUAUGGAUAGAAACAUAUUCUGACUCUCAUAUCAUACUAUAUGGACAGUCGUUACCUCGUUUGGUCGUUAGACUUUACCAUUUUAAUUCCCAUGUGAUGUCUUUUACACAAUUUUAAAAUGAUCACUUUUGUUGAAAUGAUAUGAUUAUGAACGUCAAUAUUUCUUAAUGACCUUUUGACAUCCUCUCACUAGUUGCAGAGAUAAUAAAUGCAAUCAGCAGAGAUCAAAUAGCAAACCAACGAGCCACCUCAUUGCUUAUGUGGCUGCUGCACCUAGAGUGAAUACCAACAGAGUGGGAAAGGUGGUAUUGCCCUUGGAAUAAACAGGCCAUUGAAGUGCAGGGGAGGCUUUUGCUCCAAAGCUCGGGGCUUCUUUAUGUCUAGAUAAACCUUGAAGGUUGUAGAUGCGGUUUUGCAGGCUUGGUAAUUGCAUGAAAAAUAUUUAUUUGGAUCAUUAUCCUCCUGUAAAAAAAAUCCUUGAUUUCAGACACAACUGAAACCUACAGCAUUUAUCUUUACACUCGCUUCGAAAGUGUUCACUGCCUUUUUACAUACUUGUCUUUGGUAUGCAGUUUCUUUAAAAUACAAAUAUUUUGGUCCAAAAAGUGUCCCUUUUUUUCUGUAAAGUGCAAGUACCAACUGAAUCGUUACAUUAGUACCUUUUUCAUGUUAAGUUUAUCAUGUAUAAAGGAAUACUUUGCAUAUAUUUGUGACCGAAGAUGCCAACUAAUACAGUAUUUUCAAUUAUGCUGCCUAAGAAAAUAUGCUAAUUUAA